UUCCACAGAGGAGAGGAGCGCAGCCGCGCGCGCGCUGGAAGCUGGAACAUCACGAGGAGGAGCGGAGAUGCUGCUCGCUGCUGGCUGGGAGAGCUGAGCCCACUGCUGCGAGACAACAAGCCUCUGACAAGAGGGGAAAAAAAGUCUCCAAGCACCGAAGAAGACAAAAAGGAUGACUUCUCUGCUCCAGCUCCCAGUCGUCACAGCGCCUGCGRUGCGUUUGGAUUAAGUUUCAGCUCCAGAUUUGGAGGAAUCCUGAGAAAUGAGGACAAGUGUCUGCUACCGUGGAUGAUGAUGAUGAUGAUGUCCCACAAUGAGCGCAGAUCUUCCAAAUUCUCUGCAAGUCCCCCGACCAACGGUCCGGAGUCAUCUCACCAUCAGAGUGCAGUCAAAACUGAUGUCAAAGUCUGGUCCCUCUGUCCAUGGUCCAAAACCUCUUGACACCCCCAAGCCCAGACCUCUGUCUCAGCCUGACCCACAGGAAGAGCCCUGCCAUCAGCACAGGCUGAGUAACGGGGAAUUGUCUCACUCUGAUGAGGAGACAGGUGAUCWCCUUGAAAUGGCUGAGGAGAAUCACAACAAAGAGGAGAAAAAAGAAGAACAGGGUGGGGUUAGUGACAACGGCACAGGAGGGAAUGACAAAGAGGACACAGCAGGGGGAGAACCGGUGGUGGGAGCAGAAAAAGAAGCAGCAACGUUGGAUAACGAUGGUGAUGCAGACAGUGUAGGCUCGGAGGACACCAUCAAAGCUGACGGUUCAGUUGACAUUACAGAGGAUGAAGACACUGAAAAUGACUUGAUCCAGCCUGAAGGCGGAAACCACACUGAUGAUGAGAAUACGUUAGCACGGUCUUCAUGUGAAACAGAGUAUGAAGCARAGCAGGAGGAGGAGAAUGACGGUUGUGGCCCUGCAGACGAAUCAGAUGAACAAGUAGAGGAACAAAACCACAAUCGAACGCUSUCAUUUAGUUAUCCAGGAGAGAAUGAUCCUGAUCUUAACGAAACAAACACAGAGCAAAGUGAAGACUGUUUCCAUUUUAGUUUGCUCACAAAUGAGACAGAGUUGGAAGCAGGCAGAUUCUCUUUUGGAUUCACCGUGCUUCCGACUGUUACUGAGGAGUACCCCUACGAUGUGAUUGGCCCUACAGAUGAUGCUAGUGACACAUGUGAGUCAUGUGGAACAGCUGAAACAGGGGACACUGAGGUCUGGCAACCGGAACGAGCCACCAAAGACCCCUCUGGUUGUUUCCGAUUCACAGCCAGCACCGAGGAUGUGUUUGGGCCUUAUUCUGUCAUUGAGGCUCUUCCAAGAGAUAUGAGCAGCACCGCUGAUCCUGAGUGGAGCCCKGGUGAAGAUGAUGAUGAUCAAUGCUCACCUGCAAACGAAGUUCAAACCCAAGAUGCCUCUGGACAUGAACCUUAUUACGUCUCAUCGGAUGAUGUGGACAAACUUGAAGACAAGCAAGUAGACUCAGACCAGCCCCAUGAUAAGGAGGACGUUGAACAGUCUGAGCAACAAAAAGACAAACCGAAGGACAGUGAGUCUGCAGAUGAGUACGCAGACAUUGACGACACCGUCUGCUCAAAGGCAGAUAACUUGGAGCAGUCUGAAUAUGUCUCAUCAGAAGAUUAUGUUGAGAUAGGUGAYGAGGAAGAGGAGGAGGAGGAGAUAGAAAAGAAACAUAUCAAAGGGAAAAGCGCAAAAGAGAGGACAGCAAAGCGAGAACAGGCUUUUCGCAGCCAGAGACGAAGCUGCCAGCCUCGCCUCAGGUUGUGCACCAUCACAGUGCCAACAGAUCUGGACCUGGGCCGCACCCCGGAGCUCACCAACAGAGUGGUGUUCGCUCACACCACUGAAGCAUUUGAAGAAGACAUUGAAGAACUGGACUGCCACAUUGUGCCUUAUUUUGAAGACACAGACUCGGACAGCAAAGAGCAUGUAUAUGAGGAAGUUGGUUUUGACUCGGAGGGGGAGAACUUUGUGACUYUUGAUCGUAAAACCAUUGUCACACGAUCACGAUCCUAUUCUGGGAAGGUUUCGGGUUAUGUCCCAGAGACUGUACCAGAGGAGACGGGGACAGAGUACCAAACUCAUGACUACUGCACUGUAGAAGUAGAUAAGAAUGGUGAACCCAUGAGUCAAUCACAGCAUCCAGGAGUCAACAGUGUGACUCCAUCUAUGAUGUCCCGUCGUUUCAUCCUGAACUCUCGGUCUGCAGAAAGUCCAGAAUCCUUGACCACACUGUCAGAGAAUGGACAAUCUUUUACAAAUGAGAUCAGGAUAAAAAGGAAGGACGACACUCUUUCCCUUCCAUGUGUCAUAACUUCCUCUGGAAGCUUUUCGCAGCGAAGCCAUCAGUCAUCGAGUGGUGUUUCUACACCAACUUCCAUGGUGGACAUACCACCACCUUUUGACCUAGCGUAUAUCACAAAGAGACCAGUCACCAAAAGUUCCCCAGCCCUUCUAAUCCAUCAUGACCCCACUGAAAUACCUAAAAAGAARAAGUCCUCAUUUAAGCGCUUCCUGGCACUCAAGUUCAAGAAGAAAACGGAUUCAAAGGGUUUCAGUGAUGGAAGUGUUCGCUCUUCACGAUCUUCCUCUGAGUCUAGCCAUCAUGGUGCAAGAGUUGUAGAGCUCGAUCGUAUAAGCACCGGCAGCUCUUCUCAGCUUCAGUCCCGUCUUGUGAACCCCAAACAGCAUCCUGCAGACCUAACAUCUGCCUUUGUCCUCUACAAAGAUCGCCCCAGGAGGAAAGGGGACCCUAAAGCUGAUGGCAGGAGUGUCUCCAGAGUGGAGUCCUUCGAGGAGCGCUCUCGCCGCUCCGUCAGGCCGCUGCCUCUGACCAAACCUCGCUCUAUCUCCUUCCCCAGCGCAGACACUUCAGACUAUGAAAACAUCCCAGCCAUGAGCUCCGACUAUGAGAACAUCCAGAUUCCAGGAAGGCCGGUUCGAUCUCACACGGUUACAGAAUUUUUUGAGAAUCCAACCCGCAUAACAGUAACCUGUAACGAGAACGAUGGCUAYGUGGAUAUGAACAGUUUCCCUGGGAUUGACAGCAAACUUCAGACACUGUCAUCAAAAACAGACAAUGAAAGUGCCUACACAGAGCCUUUCCCAGUGAACACGGUCUCUGAUGGGCAGUCAGCUGAUGAAGACCACGGACGAACGUCAGAGGAGGAAGAUGGCGUCAUGGAGCAAAGCUUUGACCGACAGAUUGAUGGUCGAUCCCGAGCGUUUUACAUCGCCAAGGAGCUUGUCGACUCAGAGAGACUACACGUCGCUGCCCUCAAACACAUUCAGGAGGACUUUAGGUCGGCGGUGACGGAGGCGGUGGAGGAAGACGGGGAGCCGGUGCUGGAUGAGCAGAGGCUGGGGGAGAUACUGGGCGUGCUCCCGCAGGCCUACGACCUCCACAGCAGCAUCUUAGCUGAGCUGGAGGAGCGGAUUAGCAACUGGGAGGAGAACCAGAAGAUGGUGGAUGUGAUCUUAAGCCGCCGGGAGGAUUUUGGGGUGUUUGACACUUACAUCUCGGAGUACGAUCGCAGCAUGUCGUUACUGGAGGAGAGCUGCAGAAACAACCCCACCUUCGCCGGCAUCGUCAAGAAAUUUGAGAAAAAAGACCCAGAAGAAGUUCCAAUGAACCAUCAGCUGCUGCAGGUUGUUGUCAGAGUCCUUCAGUAUCGAAUGCUGCUCACAGAUUACCUGAACAACCUCUCUCCUGAUUCAAAAGAAUACGAGGACACUCAGGCUGCGCAGGUGAUUGUGUCUGAGGUAGCAGACCAGGCCAAUGACAACUUGAAACAAGGGGAGAACUUGUUGCGUCUGGUCCACAUAGAGUACAGCAUAAAGGGGAAGAGGGACGUUCUGAAGCCGGGAAGGAUAUUUGUCAAAGAGGGCACUCUGAUGAAGGUCUCGAGGAAGAGUCGGCAGCCGAGACACCUGUUCCUGAUGAACGACAUCAUGCUGUACACCUACCCUCAGCAGGAUGGGAAAUACAGACUAAAGAACACCCUGUCUUUGUCAGGGAUGAAGGUGAGCAAACCGAUCCUGGACAACGUUCUGAACUGUCUCAAGAUUGAGGUGUCUGACAUCACCAUCACCCUGUCUGCCAGUUCCGUAGGAGAACGGGAGGACUGGUUCCACACCUUAAGUCGAGCCAUCGCGGACCACGCUGCCGGUCUCUGCACAUUUGGUGGACCCUGCAGUGAGGCCCGAGAGAAGCUGUGGAUGGCCCUGGGUGAAGCUGCUCCAGAGCUGGUGCCAGUUUCUCAAGUGAUGAUGUGCAUGAACUGCACCGCUGACUUCAGCCUCACGCUCAGACGACACCACUGUAACGCCUGUGGAAAGGUGGUGUGUCGAGCUUGCUCCAGGAACAGAUACCCUUUGAAGUACCUCAAAGACAGAGUGGCUAAAGUGUGUGAUCACUGCUCUGCUGAGCUCAGGAAAAGAGGUGGCAGCAUAUCAGGAGCAUGUGGUAACGCUAGCCCUCGGUCUCACCGGGCCAGCCGUCCCCUCUCCGCUGUCUUUCAAAGCCUGCAACCCCCCAGUUUGUGGAAGUCCAGAAAGAGCACCUCCAACCUCAGCCAGGUGUCACUCGGUGUAGAUGGCUCCACCAUGAGCGGAAGCCUGCAACGCCGGAAGAAGAGCAAACGGAAAUGGAAGAGAUUGUGGUUCCUCCUCAAAGACAAGGUGCUCUACACCUUCUCAGCCCGUGAGGACAAAGUGGCUUCGGAAAGUCUGCCUCUGCAGGGCUUCACGGUGAAGCUGACKGACAGGUCGGAGGGAGAGGAGACCAGUAACGUGUUUCAUUUGUACCACAAGAAAACGCUCUACUACACCUUCAGAGCGGAUGAUCAACACACCGCACGCAGAUGGGUGAACGCCAUGGAAGAGGCUACAGUUUUAUAGCACCUGCUUGGUUCAGUGAACAAGGUCUGCUGUCUGCGGCUACUAGAACUCCUCUGAGGAGCACAACCAAACUACCUGCUUCCACUGAACACAGGAACAAAAUCACCACAUCCUUCCUGUACAGGCAAAUCACAUGACAUUCAAACCACCAGUGAAUUUUAGACAACACUGCCACCCCGAGGCAGCUGAAAGAAUGAACCACACACUGAAGUUCACAAGAGCCUUCACUUUUCAGGAGCAACGUCAGACAUCUGUGAGCCUGAAACAGAUGUUCAUUUUCUCCGUUUCUCCUUUUUUAUUUGCUUUUGUUUUCAAAUCUCUUACUGCUAAAGUCCACUGUACAGCUGCUUGAACUUUAUUACACUCUUAGGUGAGAGAUUUAUUCAAAAUGGCACCAAAUGUGUGAUCAACAAAUGAAAAUAAGGUGUAACAAACGUGCUCACAAAUAUGUGCGUGGCAUAUUUGUAACAUUAAAGUGAUCAUUUUUAUCUUUU